AUGAGCAUAUGUCUAGCGUUAAUUGCCACACCUUUCGGUAUUAAGUACUCUAUUACUUUCGUAGCACAGACAGGCCUAAUCAAUUCAUAUCCUGUAAUGACAUCUGAUUUUCAAUUUCCCAAGAUAGCUUAUCCAGGUAAACUAAUAUGUCCACAAUACAGUACAGAGAAUAAAGAUGGUGAAGAUGUAAUUUUUAACUAUGUUUGCGGUCCAGGGACAAAACUGCUUCAGUAUGAACACAACGGGACAAUGUUAGAGGCUAUCACUGCCACCUUAAUUGGUACAGUGAAACGCGAGGAAGUGAAGAAUACUGACGAAGAAGAAGAAGAAAAACUUGAGGUCGCUGACCAAUCUACAGAGGAGGAAAAAUCAGUGGAUGCGUCUUCCAGUGAAGUGGUGAAGAGGGUUGUAAAAUUUAUCCGAGUUUCAGUUUUGCCGGGGGCAGAUGAUGAUGGCAGAACUAGCAAAGAUGCUAAUAACGAUUUUGCCAAUAAUCUACCGAAGGAAGGUGAUAUUGUGUUGACCAGAGUGACAAGACUCUCAUUACAAAGAGCCAAUGUCGAAAUUUUGGCUGUGGAAGAUAAACCCUCUCCAAUUGAUAGUGGAGUUGGUAGUAAUGGGAUGGGAAUAAUUGCCGCUGGUGGCGGUUCCGGAGCGGCCACGUUCUCUGUAUCGCAAGCAUCAUCUGAUCUAGGUGAGACAUUUAGAGGCAUAAUCAGGUCGCAAGACGUGAGGUCCACUGACAGAGAUCGUGUGAAGGUGAUAGAAUGCUUCAAGCCAGGUGAUAUUGUAAGAGCGCAAGUUUUGUCGCUAGGUGAUGGUACUAACUAUUAUUUAACUACCGCGAGAAAUGAUCUGGGUGUAGUGUUUGCCAGAGCCGCUAAUGGUGCUGGUGGAUUGAUGUAUGCCACAGACUGGCAAAUGAUGACCUCACCAGCCACGGGGGUGACAGAGAAACGUAAAUGCGCCAAACCUUUUUGA